GAAGAACCAACCACCAACGGCGCGUACUGACGACUAAAAUCGAGGGACAAAUUGGAUUUGUGUGAACACAGGACGGACCCGGACUCUCUUGUUGUGCCAAGAACAACAUUAAUAAUGUAAUAGACUGUUACGCAGAACACAGACCUACAGAUGUUAUGUUUAAAAGACGUUAGACGCCGCAGCGACAAACGGAGAAGGAUCUCGGCGAACGGGGACCGCGCGCCUCAAGCCCAGGCCUGCGCGCGCACACUUUCCCGCCCGCCCUGCGGUGUGGCGCGAGGGAGCGGUCGCGGAGCCGCGGUUCGCCGACCGACGGUAACACACGGUGUCCUUCCGUCAAGUGUGUGUGUGAGCCCCUGGUCCGGAACGGAAGGCACCGGAGCCCCUAGUUUACCCUCAGCCUGGAGCACAGUGGAGUGGAGGAUCAUGCCGCCGUCUACCUGCUGAACAGCUCCCGCUCCCAUCUGGACAAGGCAUGACCUCUUAAUGGCUGACUGGUUUAAGCCUGAUACUGUCAACUGACCCCCAUGAAUGUGAGGAACAGGCCUGGUUCUGGGCAGCUGUGCUGCCCCUCAAAUUUCUACCGGCAGCCUCCCCGGAUCCUGAUUGUGGACACAUCACCUCCCUGGUGGUCGCAUAUCUGCUCCAGUUUAUGUGAAGCUCUGGACAACUUCCUCACCAUGGCCUGCAGCCUUGAGGGGCCAUAUCGCUUGCCCCUUUUCAGCCUGUACACAGUGAACAGUCAUCUGGAAUGUCUUUUGCCUUUUGUGCAGGUGAAGGGGAACCUUGUGCGCCUACGCUCCUGUGUGGAGGAGCUGCGAUCUGUGCCCUGGGAGGGAUGCACCCAGCUGCUGGGUGGACUAUUCAAGCAGGCUGUGAGAGACAGUGUGCUUCAGUUCAAGCAGUACAUGCAUCACAUCUCAGUGGGCAGCCAAAUCAACAGCAGCUCCAUUGAGGUGACAAUUCUUACAUGCCGAUCAGGACAGGCUGUGGUGAAGCAUCUUGAGGAUGGACUGAAGGACACAGACCUGGGCAACCUGCAGCGCCUGCAGGUGAUACAGAUCAACCUGGACUGGAGCCUAGUAGGGGAAGAACCCAAGCAGAGCCUUGGAAGGCCUUGUUCUCCUGGUCUGGGUGACCUCCAAGACAGCCAGAUGCUUGGAAUGGAAAUAGACCUGCAGCAGGUGGAGAAUGACAGUGUGACUCUGGAGAACAUGUUCAAGGUGUGGUUGCAUGAGCAAAGUGGUUACAGAGAACAUAUCCACCUGCUACUCCCACCUUCAUUGCAGGGGUGCAGCUCAGAUCUCAUGUCCUCAGGGAGAACCAAACCAGUCUGUCUGAAGUGUGACCUCCAGGAAAGGCUACUCAGCCCCACCCUUCUCCCUGGCUCGAUAGACCUUGGAGCAAAGACAGAGACCAUCCUGGACUUUCUGCUGCCAAGCAAAGGUCAGAGUGCUCAUCCACACAAGCUCGUGGCUGUCAGAGCUCUGAAGUCUGAAGGAGUGUGUGAGUCAGUGCUCUAUGGCCUGCCUCUUAUCAUGAAGCCCACAAGCUGCUGGCAGCUAGACUGGGAAGAGAUGGAGACCAACCUCCAGCACUUCCACGCCCUGUGCCACGUGCUCAGGGGUCGUGACUGGUUCCUGCUGGUGCGUUACGAACCAUCGCUCAGUGCACGUGCUGUUCCGAGUUCUGGCCCAGCGCUGUUUUCAUACCACCUGCUCCAGCCUUCACCAUCCCUCUCUCUGCUGCUGAAGCCUGUGGCUGCCAGGGAGCUGCUGUUGCCCUGCCACAUGCCCAUCGUCAGUGAGGACCCCCCAGAGGGCCCACUGGCCAGGAUCCAAGACUCUCUGUCGCAGCUGGAGGAGGACUCUGUGUUCAGUCCCCUGUCCCUGACAACCAACAUGUAUGCACACCUGAGAGGGCUCCUCACACAGCGCUCAUACUGCAAGCUGCAGCGCAGGGAGCAGCAUCACGCUCACCAGGGACAGCUGUCAAGACAGCAGCCGAGCCGGCAGCCUCAGGGCAGAGCGAGGGCAACUGUUGCUCCUUUUCCGGCUUCGUCGGCCCUUAAGGUCUCGCGCCCACAGCUCACCAUGAACCGUCCACAUGCCCAGUGUGUGUGUGCCGAUGAAAAAGAGGACCUGUCACAGGUGCUGUGAAGACUUACGCAACACACAUCUAUGCUUGGGAUACUCGGUGUGACGAAUGGAUACCACCACAGGGUUUAACGCAGUGACUCGGCUCUGAGCUGACAUGAACGACAGGAGCGAAGUGCACCUCACAGGCCAUGACCCCUGCUCCUCUGACUUUGCCCUUUCUACUGCGUAACCCUACCCAGAUUAUAUGCAGUUUGAGCCAGUGAUGUCACAGCACUGGUCAGCUUCCACACAACAUCUGAGCAUCCCUGCAACUCAGAACCCUACCAGUCUGCGUCUCAUCUGCACUGAGGCCACGAGACAUAAGCUCCUUUCCUUAUUUACACCGUCGCAGCGCCAAACUGGACAUCUGGGGCUCUUGCAAAGUUCAGCUAUAAGCUUCCAAAACAAGCUGAAAGUCAUUUGUUGAAGUAAAAUGCAGAAUAUGUGUCUGUGUUAGAAAAGCCCACGAGGCAUGUUAUAGAGCAUUGGCUAGUUCAAGUACUGUCAUUUCACUGAGUACCUUUGAACUGUGGUGCACUCCUAUUAUUGCGCUCUCCUGUAUUACUCAGUCUGCGAUACGACUCCAGUAACUCACAGUGCCAGUGUUGCUACUGCACAGCAGUUUCCGUUUCAUGACCUUUAUUGCUGAUGACAAAUUAUUUUAAUGCAGCCCUUUUGGUAGUUCUGUGUGCUUGGAAGCAUUGCAAGAGCUUGAGAUUAAUUUCAUAUCUCGUGUUCCAUACAGAUGACAAAGUUAAAUAAAGUUCAAAAAUUUAAAUACCACACUGUCAUACAUUGCCAUUUCCAAAAAAGUCAUGCAUUACAGAGGGAAGGCUUUAUUUUCCCUUGUAGGCCCUUUAUUAGAUGGAGAUGGGUGCCUGUCAGUGAACUGAGACACUUUUCUCAUUCUCUUUGUCUACUUUGACGGGCUUCGAAAUUCAAAAUGAGAAAUUUCUGUGACGCACACACCACAGUGAUUAUACUAAAAUCGCAACUUAAAAUCUUUUGCAUCAACAAUGGAUACAGAUUAUUUCCAAAUUGUUCAAAGGCUAGUGACUACAAGACAUUACAUUUAUGAAAAAGGAAGUGUGAGCUGGACUUCAGAUAAAGGCGAAGAAUAAAUUUGCUUGGACUGAGAGAGUUCUGUUUUUGAAACAGAAAUUAAAUAUUAAAGUAAAUAGUUUGUACUCGAGCUUUAUGAUGCUGUAUGGCUGUAGUUAAGUCAUACAUCUCUGAGGAUAAGAUGAGAGAUCAAAUCAGAUGUUGACAGCAAUCUGUUGUGGUGUUUCAGAUAUAACAAUGUACUUCUUUGAAAUAUACGCCUUUUAAUCUGUCAAUCCCCUCCAUGUUUAGCUAAAGUAAUGUUCAGUACACGUACAUGUACAUGUACGUGUGGGAAUUAUUUACUUAUUAGUUUACUCAACCUGUUUUUAAUCUUUUCGGGACUGUUUCCUGGUCUCUCUUUGCAUUUUUGUUUUUGUUUUGCUUUUUCAGCAGACAAAACUUUGACCAGGAGUGAAAUCAGAAACUGAACAGCUUAGAAAACAGGAACUUGAGUAAGACUGGCAGAGAACCUCGGCUAAACGAAAAAGACCUUUUUUGGUUGCGGAAAUUCAACAUAAAACAGCUGGUUCCUGCAUCGGUUGAAACUAAAAGACUUCUAUUUUUGGAGUUAUUCGAGCAGUUCUUUUUAAACACUAAGUAGUCUUAAAAGACAUCUGAGGAUAAGAUGAGAGAUGAAAUCAAAUGUUGACAGCAAUUUGUUGUGGUGUUUCAAAUAUAACAAUUCUUUGAAAAGUACGUGUUAACCCACUUGUUUAAUAAUAUUAUAUAUAUGGCUUAAUUAAACCAGAAUGUUCUGGAAGGAACCAAAAGACUGCAGGCAAGCCGAGGUCCUGACUGGAAGAUCCUGCUCAUAGGCAGCUGUACAACAGGCGCCCCUUUCACAUUGAAAUGAGACAACAGUAUAAUAACACUUGCAGAAAUAAUGACGGUGCACAUUCACACUGGCAGCAAAACUGGGUUUUGCAGAGCACCAGACCCAAGUUAUUUUAGACAAAACUAUCCUUUAUAGCGCUGAGGAACUGCAUCCUUAGGAUUUCAGUUUUCCACUGAGAAUGAAUUUUAUAUGCACGGCUGGUUCCUGCUGGAGAGGCAGUUUAGAGAAGCAAACGUCGCCAUGGUAAACAGGAGGAGAACGCGAGUUGUGCGAGUGCAACGCAUUGAAAACAGGCCGAGCAGCGACGGGUUGAGAAACAGCAAGGAAGAUGAGAGUUCCUUUAACCCACGUCCAGCUGGAUCUCAGAUGGGGCCCUUUGGGCUCCUUGUUAUUGCCAAAUCAAAGAGCUCUUACUGGCGCUUUCUGGAAAACUCUAAUGGCAACCGUACCGAGGGCUCAACAAAGCAUUGAAAACACCGUGCUAAUUUCACAGCCAGUGUGAUGCUGGAAACCUGUUGAGGCCACGAAACCAAAACACCCAAAGAGAGUUAAAAAUAACAAGUAUGACCACUGGAGAACUGCUGUGUGACAACCAGUUAUGAAAUUAGUACAAUUUAAUUUAUUUUUCUUAACAUAUUUAAAAUUAUUUAGAAGUUUAAGACAAACACA